AUGUGCAGGGGCAACGCCACGAUGAUGGAGGUUGCCGACAUGCAGGAGUUGUGCCAGAGAGGACUGCGGGGGCGUGGCGAUCCCGUUGGAACGGGCGGGGGCCUGUGGCGCUGUGAUGAACAGUGGGUGAGGGAAGCGCGUGCAAGUCCAGACAGCAUUCAUGUGAUCGGCUGUGACGCGCACAGGCACCCACAAGGCGAUGAAGGGGCCAGGUGUGUGUGGGCUGGCGGGUCGUGGAUGGGUGUGGCGGUGGCGGCGCUCGAGGAGGGUGAGCAUGGCUGCUGUAUAUUGCUCGGCUGCAAGCGAUCCGCAGUGCAGAGAGCAGGGCCGGGCGGUAUUGUCGACUGCUUUGCCAUCGCAGGCUCUUUGGAAUGUAUGGCCUGA